AUGCCGCUCCCGAAAACUCCUCUCAGCGAUCCCACUGUGGUGGAUGUGACACGAGAUGUGGAGGAGGUCCCUGCCGAGGACCCCAUUUGCUCGGAGGUCGUCCAGGAGGAUCCCAACUGUCUGGAAAUGAAGACUGAAAAUCCGGAACCCCCAGACUCUGCACGGGAUGGGCACCCUGCGGCGCUGACGCCUAGUACAUGUGUAGCGGCUUCACCCGGAUCACAUCACAGGUAUGAUGCGGCUCCUCCCUCCAGGUCAGUGGAUAAACAGCGGUCCGCUCUUAUCGCUGAGCUCAGGCUUCUGCUAUCACCAGCCGCAGCCCAUGUAUUGCGCAACCACGUCUCCCUGCAGUCACGUGUCCCGCAUCCUAUUGGCACUCGCCGCGUCCUGUCAGAAGGGACUACAUCUCCCGUCAUGCCUCGCCGCCAGCCCGCCGUGGAAGGGGCGGGUCUACGCGCAAAGCGUCCAAUGAACGGGCCUGAUCGUCGAGUGACGGGAAGGCUGGGCCAAUCGGCGUGGGAGGAUAUAAGCCCGGCAUGGAGAUGGCGGAGAGAGUUGAGGUUGGCGCUCCCGAAAACUCCUCUCAGCGAUCCCACUGUGGUGGAUGUGACACGAGAUGUGGAGGAGGUCCCUGCCGAGGACCCCAUUUGCUCGGAGGUCGUCCAGGAGGAUCCCAACUGUCUGGAAAUGAAGACUGAAAAUCCGGAACCCCCAGACUCUGCACGGGAUGGGCACCCUGCGGCGCUGACGCCUAGUACAUGUGUAGCGGCUUCACCCGGAUCACAUCACAGGUAUGAUGCGAGUGAAGACAGCAGCGAUAGCGAUGUUGCAGUCGUGUUGCCUCAGAAGCCGAAACGCCGCAGGAUCUUUCCUAGGACCGCCCCCAUCUUAUCCACGGUGUACUCCAAUAAGGUGAACAGUUCUCUGAAGCUGCUCCCGGACAAUGUCAGCACCGUGGCCGCGAUGGAGAAGGAGCUGCAGAAAAAGCAAGGCUGUGACGACCUCGGCAAUGAAGCCAUUGAACCCCCUCUGCCAGUGACGGUUCCGGCACCCCAACCUGUAUUAUCAGACACCGAGGAUGUGGAUAGCCAGCAGCCUGAAGUUGUUCAUGAAAGAAUACGCAACUCUUCUCCCUCACCACCUCCAUCUCCAAACACUCCAGUACUCAAAGGAAGGAAAGGUGCCCUCAACAGUAAAAUAAGGAAGAUGGAAGCCUGCCUGCAGGAUCUAGGCACCGUCCUCUCCCCAAAACGCAGCCACCUUUACGAGGACAACGAUGUGAUUAUGAUGGAGGCCAGCACGGUGCCGGAGCUGAUUGUAAAAGUGCGUCGUAGGGGGAAGAUCUUCCGUAUAAACAUCCGCAUGACUGACCCAUUGCAGCGGCUGGUGGAUUUGGUGGCCUCGCAUCUGGACGCGGACCCUUCACAGAUAAUGCUGCUGCGGGGAGACGAGGAGCUGAAUACCAAGGAGACCGCAAAGUCCCUGAAUCUCACUGUGGCCGAUAUAAUUGACUGUAUGGUCCUCUCCAGUUCUGGGGGACAGGAAGCUGAUGAUGAGCACACUGAGGAAAAGAUCUGCUUGAAGAUCCAGGGGAGGGAUAAACAGUCCCAGCUCACUGUCACAGUAGGCAAGAAUGAACCCUUGAAGUCUUUGAUGGACCAGUACAAGUCUGCCAUGGGCCUCACCAAGAAGGUGUGCUUCAUGUUUGAAGGCAGGAAACUAAAUGGACGAAGCACAGCCGACCAGCUUGGCUUGGAGAGCGAUGACCUCAUCGAGGCCUGGACAUGACGGCGUGCCUGCUUUCCAGUCAUCGUUCACCGCUCAGGUAGCCGGAGCCUACAUGGAAUUUCUGUUAA